AAGGAAUCCGUUUUUCAGGAUGAAUUAAAUAAACUAUUUGAUGUAGCUCAUGCGGAUGUUUUAAAUAUACUGGACAAAGAAAAAAGAUUAUUUUAUUUGGGACAAAAAUCUUCCAGUCGACGUGGUUUUAUUUCAUAUAAUUCUCAACCAAUUUUAGAAGAUGUCGAAGACAUGGAUGUUGAUAUCAGCAAUUAUGAUAAUAAUAACAAUAAUAGUGAUAAUAAUAGUGAAGAGAACAUUGAUAGCAAUGAUAAAAACUAUAAUAAUAAUGGUAAUGAUAGUAAUAAUAAUGUCGGAGAGUUUGAUAACGACAAUGUCAACUAUUAUUGUGCAGUUGAGACUGAUGAUGUUGCUAAUCAUAAAAUAUCAAGUCAUCCAUCUCAAUUAUCCCAGAAAUCUUUGGAAAGUAAUACUUCUCGUAUAAUCUCUGAUUAUGAAGAUGAAAUGCCAAAACAACAAGUUCCAAAAAUUGAUAUAAUGACACCAGAACUUGCUGCGGCUUUGGAUAGAGCUAACGUGACUAGUAGGAUGGCGACUUACAUUAUUGCUGCUUUAUUAUCUUGCUUGAACAUUGAUUGUGCAAGCGUAAACUUUAGUCAUGUGACUAUUCACCGAGCAAGGGAAAAAUUCCGGAAAGAAGCGGCGUUAAAUCUGAAGACUAAUCUGGAAACUGACAAUUAUGUACUACAUUUUGAUGGAAAACUGUUAUCAGAUAUUACAGGUACAGAACAAGUUGACCGGCUUCCGAUUAUUUUAUCAUCAUCAGGUAAAUUUCAACUGUUAGGAGUUCCUAAACUAGAAUCUGGGACUGGACAAAACCAAGCUUCAGCUAUUAUUAAAACAGUAAAACAAUGGGAUAUUAAUACUGACAACAUCAAAGCAUUGUGUUCUGAUACUACGGCGUCAAAUACGGGAAUCAGAAAUGGUGCGUGUGUAUUAGUAGAAAAGGCUCUUAGUAGAAAACUGUUGUACUUGCCAUGCCGACACCAUAUUUUUGAAAUUGUUCUUCGAAGUGCAUUUGAAGUAUACUGGCCUGCUUCGUCUGGCCCAAACGUUCCAAUUUAUCAGAGAUUUAAAAAGAAGUGGGAUGAAAUUGACCAAUCAAACUUUACGGCUGGUAUUUGUGACAAAAAAGUUUUGGAAGUAAUAACACCAAUCAAAGAUGAGAUUUUGAAAUUCGUUAAUAAUCAAAUAGAAAUGGAUCAUUGUCGAGACGAUUACCGUGAACUUCUGGAAUUAUCAUUAAUAUUUUUGGGUACUACUACCACAAAUAUUACAUUUAAGCAUCCUGGAGCGGUCCAUCAUGCAAGGUGGAUGGCUAAAGCAAUAUAUAGUUUAAAAAUUUUUUAUUCAGAAAUGAAUUUCAUCUUACUAAAUCGGAAAUAGAUGGAUUACGAGAACUUUGUUUAUUUAUCAUAAUAUUCUAUUUAAAAGCUUGGUUCACUGCGCCGUGUGCUAUAACAGCACCUAAUAAUGAUUUAACUUUGAUUAAAGAAUUAAUUUCAUAUGAAAGAUUUAAUAAUAGUCUUUCACAGACAUGCUCACAAAAAUUAGCCGAUCACUUGUGGUAUUUAAACAACGAGCUGUCUGUUUUAUCUCUCUUUGAUAAAAAUGUUUCAGUUGGAACAAAAA